AUGCGCCUCACCGAUUUAUCGCUCGCGUUCGCACUGGCAUCGAUCCCUGCGUCUGCCUUCUUCUCCCCGCCAGCCUCGUCUUCCAAGGACGACUCCAAUACAACGAGUGGUGCUGCUGACUUAUCCGAUGGAAAAGACAUCGAGCCCCGGCAGCCUCUGCUGGACGCCAAGGACUGGUUCCUCACGAAAGAAGAGCUCACGGGUUCCCGUGGCGGUAUCCCACGAGACGAUAUGUCGGUGUACACAACGGGCAACAAGGUGACAUCCUACACAGUGACCAACGAAGUCUACAAUGCAGUGUUCGACGAGCUCAGUGCGACGACAGUGGGCGAUCGAGUGCUGCUGGCUGCAUGGUCUCUGGCUCUUGUGCCACUUAAACCUGACGUUGACCCAAAGGGCAAUACAACAGGUAUCAAAGAAGUGUUUGCCGGAGUGGUCAAGCGAGGUGGGAGUGUCAAUAUCCUCAAUUGGGCCACCAUCGCCUCUCGAUACACUUCGUACAACCUCAAGGCGCGCGACGCGAUUAACAGCAUUCCACCGUCUCCGAUCAACGGUGCGAAAGCAGUGCUCAUCUUUGACGAUCGCUAUCCCAGACCUUUCAUGUCCCAUCACCAGAAGAACAUGGUCAUUGCAGUGAACAGCUCCACGGACCCGGACGAACAGCCAGUAGCUUAUGUGGGUGGAGUGGAAUUCACCAACGACCGAUGGGACACAAUCUCCCACAACAACUCUGAGAUUCGCGAAGCUGCGAAACUAAACCAUCUCAGUGAGGGAUGGGUAGACGGACACCUUCGAAUCCAUGGCCCUGCCGCCAAGGACGUGGCGAACAACUUUGUGGCCCGGUGGAAUUCGGACUAUCUACCAUGUGACCAUAUUGACGACCGUCUUCGAGAUUUCAGAAACCCCAAGUACGAGCAUAUCUUUCCGCUCGACUACGUUAGUAGCAAUACCACGGGCUCUCUGGGCAGCAAAAGCGUUCAGAUCACACGAACCUAUAGCUGUUUCUACGAACAUUACGAAUUUGCUCCAAGGGGUGAGACAUCAUUGUUUUGGGCCCGUAUCAAAGCCAUCAAGAAUGCCAAGAACUUUAUCUACGUAGAAGACCAGUACUUCAUUUUGGUACCGGAGCUUCUUGAUGCUAUCAUGCAGGUGAUGCCAACCAUUCAGCGUCUGGUCGUGAUCACAAGUCCACAAGCUAGUUUUAUGGACUACGCGGGGUACUCCAAGUACCUGUACAAGAGCGUCGAACCCAUCCGCUCAAAAUAUCCGAACAAGUUCACGAUUUACACUACGAAGGCAAAGCGAAACAUUGCGAUUCACUCGAAACUUGUGAUCAUCGAUGACGUGUACCUUUCCAUCGGUUCAGCGAACUGGAAUCGCCGGAGCAUGACUUCAGACUCAGAGGUCAACGCGAACGUUGUGGACACUGACACGGUGAUGGCUCCAGAAGGGGUUUAUGUCGGCAAGAUGCCACGUGACUUUCGUAUUCGCAAGUUCCACGAAAUGACCGGUCUGAGCUACGAGAAAUUGGACGCCAUGACGUUUGUUGAGGCCUCCGAUCAAUUGGCUUUCGCUGUUGCCAAUGUAUCUUCGAUCUUGGACAUCAAUAAAAUCGUGCACAAGGCGUUCUUCUUUACAAUCACGGAUAAAAUGCGGAAGAUGUCGGACCCGCAGGACACGUGCAAGUACAACGGCGACAAAAAAGUAUUUGAAAGGGUGACAGAAUGA